GAAAAUCCACGCUGUGCAAGGACCCGGCAUUUCUGCAAGGCGAGAGAGAGAUCUGCGAAGAAGACGAAGAAGAAGAAGGAGGAGGAGGAGGAGGAGGAGCAGCAGAAGGAGGGAGAGGAGGAGGGAAGAUGAUGUCCGGCAAUUACACGAGCAUCGACAACCAGAAGGUGUCGGGAUCUGUCCCCGCCGUCCCAGAUCCAGGACACGUAGCUGUCAAAUUCGCAGAUUCCAAUCUCCAGACUUUCCCUCCAUCCGAUGCGAAAGGGAAGAUAUCCGGUGGCUCUGGUCCUCCUCGAGAUGCUGAUGAUACAUUUUCAAAAUCUACACUCGGAUCAGAUGACUCUCAGCCAAGUGGUUGGUUUAGUAUAUUCUCAGUUGCCUCUUAUAAACCAUAUUUUGAUGUCGACACUUCAGAUGUGCUAGAGAGGAUUAAAGAUUCGCUAUUCCCAUUUAGAGGAAACUUUAAUGAGAAAACCUCCAGCAGCCCAGAUCUGUAUGGACCAUUCUGGAUAUGCACCACCCUCAUUUUUGUUGCAGCUUCCAUUGGUACUUUUGUUACAUAUGUAGCUCACAAGCUGAAGAAAGAACAAUGGAACUAUGACAUAAAUCUUGUAACAUGGUCUGCCGGAUUAUUUUAUGGCUAUGUUACUGUUGUACCUCUUGGAUUAUACGUCAUCUUGAAAUACUUCUCGGCACCGUCUGGCCUUGUUCAGCUGCUUUGCCUUUAUGGAUACUCCCUUUUUGUCUUCAUUCCAGCAUUGUGUCUCUCUGUCGUGCCUCUGGAUAUAGUCAGAUGGGUGGUGGCUGGUGUGGCCGGUUUCAUGUCUGCGACCUUUGUGGCUCUUAACCUCCGAGCGCACAUUAAGUCUGCAGGGGAGAGGUGGUUUUUGAUAGUGGCCGCAAUCUUCCUGUUGCAGCUGGCUCUUGCCGUUGUCCUGAGGGUUUAUCUGUUCACUGUCAAGGUAUAGCAUGAAUCUCCAAGGAAGCUUGAAGAAACUGUAGAUCAUAGGGAUGCAUCUCUGUCCAUGGGACAUUUUACAUCUGUCGGCUAGCGGGUUUAUACAUCAUGGAUGAAAGCUACUGUAUUUGUUCAUUUGUGACAGCACCAUAUUCAUUGUUUAUGCAUCAUAGGGUUGUGAGCCUCUUUCUGUAACCAUUGUCCAGUUGAGAGGUGAUCUAGAUGACGUGUGGGGGACCUGGGGCUAACGGGGGUUUGGAUCGAUGAGGUUUUUGCAACAUUUGUAUUGACUCGAUUUUGGUAAUGUAAGACGAGAUUCAAUAGUUUUUGA